AUGAAGAAGAGAAACGGAGACGAAAAUGCGCCCAAAGCCACUCCCACCGGCAAAAAAAACCGGAAAUCUGCAAAAAAACGAUGGAGAAAGAAAUUGGCGGUUGAGCGAGAAAGAUUGGCAAGGAAGGAAAAGAAGCGAAACGAUUUUGAAAGGAGAAGAAGAGAGAAGGCUCUUUGCGAUGACUCUGGAGAGGCUUCUGGACCAAAUGGCGCAUCGAACACAGGCGGUCCCACCGGAAAUCUCUCCCAAAACGCGCAAUUCCAACAGGCGCCAGCGUUCAACGGGGGUGGAAUGAAUGUGGGAGCGUCUGGAUUCGGUGGAGGACAAGGGCAUUUUGGUGGUGGAGGUGGCGGUGGACCACAAUUCGGAAAUGGAAAUCCGAAUCAGAAGUAUCCGAUGAAUGGAUCGGUGAAUAAUGAGUUACUCUCAUUGCUCGACAAUCUGCAAUCAACGCUCCGUACGGCCGGAUUCGGUGGUGGAGGACCAGAAGGUGGAUAUAGCGGCGGCGGGCAGAGACCGUUUGGUGGUGGUGGAGGAGGUGGAAAGAAUGCGAGAGCAGCUGGAUUCGGUGUUGGAGGACCAGAAAGAGGAUAUGGCGGCGGAGAGCAGAGACAGUUUGGAGUAGGUGGUGGUGGAGGAAAGAAUGCGAGAGGUCAAGACAACCACAAAAAGAAGACACACCACGCGCAGAAUACUCCACGACACGAUCAAAUGGAAACAGUCACCAUCAGAAGUGAUGUAUUAAAAAGAAUAUCUUUUCCAAGUGAUAGUGAUAAUGUUCACGUUCGAUCGGAGAAAUCGAAAAAGAAGAACAAGACGAAAUCUGCUGAUCCAUCUCGUCAUGAAAUUCUUAAAAUCUCUUCCUCACUCGCCUCAAACAGCUCCAAUUUGUCGAAUGGAGAAGAAGUUUCAGUGAAAGAAACUAAGAAAAGAAAGAGUUCAGAGAUUGCUGUGGAGGAUAAGAAGAGAAAUAUGACGUCGGAGAACGUUCAUAUCGAAAAAAAACGAUCGGAUAAUAGUGCCAAGCCGAAGAAAAAGAAGAAAAAAGUGGACAAAGAAGGUCAAAAAUCUCAUCAAGGUGAUUCUUCACUGGUCAACAGUGGUGGUGGAGGCGUUGGGAUGAAUGCGGGAGCGGUUGGAUUGGGUGGUGGCCAAGGAGGUGGAUAUGGUGGUGGUGGACCACAAUUCGGAACUGGAAAUUCGAAAAUUUCUCUUGAAAAUGUGAAGCGAAAGGAGACAUCUGAAUCACAUAAUUUGGACGUUGAUGCUCCGGUGACACUGGAAGAUUCCAAUGAAUCAUCAACUAUUGAGAAAAUCAUCGAAAGGACGUCUGAUGAUAUGGAUUCUCAUGAAAAUCUUGGAGCAAGUCGACUCAAUGAAAGUACUGAGAAGCCAUCUGAUAACAAUGAAGAAAUUCAAAUCCUUGUUGAGAAUAUCAAUAGGAAAAGUACAGAUCUUGGGAUAGUUGAGAAAGUUGUGAAAAUAGAGGUUGAGAAGGAGAAGGAGCCAAACACAUCAACGAUUCAUCAGAACGAAAGACAAGUGGAGAAUAGUAUGAAACCGAAGAAGAAAAAGAGAAAAGUGAUUCGAGAUACUGAUGUCUCAAGCGAUUCGGAUUCAGACAAAAUGGCUGGAGAUGCGCCAGGGACAAUGGAGGAUUCUGAUGAGUCAUCGAAAAGUUCCGAUGAGCAAUCGAUGAGUGAGAAUGAGAUUGAAAAGGCACAAACAGACGAUAAAGUUGCGAGUAAUAGUUGUGGAGUGAAUAAUUAUCAAGAAGGAGUUCAAAUUGUCUGGGAUAAUUUAAGGAAAAAUCCUGCUGAUUUUAUGAUUCUCGAUGAGUUUGGGAAUGAUCUGUCUGUUCGAGAAGAGCAAAACCGUUUGGACGCUGGACAAUAUAACUGCUCCCAUUCGGCCUACUAUUGCCGAUUUCGAUGGCAAAAUCGAGUGAUUCGAGGUGUUUACCCUUCUGGAUGUAUCUUCAAAACUGCAGGACAUCCUACAAAAAAUGAACUCAAAAGAUUUCUCAAGGAAUACCUGUAUGGCUUGAAUGCGAUCCAGAAUGCGGCGCCGUCUGUUCCCGUCAACACGGAUGCCACUGCCAAACCGCCAGUUUCAAGUUCGGAGAGUCAAGGAGAUGCCGAUAAUGAUAUAAUUUCCGAAUGUCGGUCGUCAGAUGCAGAUGGAACUCGAGAAAUAGUUCAAAAAAAGGGUUCCCAUGAGCACGCCCCAUCCGAAAUUCCACAAAGUCCGCCGAGACCCGCCGAUUCGUCACCGCCAUCGGUCUCUCAACGAAUUCAGCAGUUCCAGCAGCUCAUCGAUGAGAGGAAUUCUCGGAAAAGUCGUCACACACCAUCAUCACCAUCGGAUACAACGGCUCCCACGACGUCACUUUCAACGACGAGGAAUCCUAAUGGUGGACCACAAUUCGGAACUGGAAAUCCGAAAAUUUCUCUUGAAAAUGUGAAGACGUCAGAGAAUGAUCAGAAAAGAGGAAACCAUGAGAAAAAUCGUGGAAAAAUGAAGGAAAUCUCCCAAAUCGUUAUCACAAAAGGAAUCGAUUCAUCUGCUAGGAAUCAAACCGAAAACUCUUUAGAAUUGUCUUCAGAUGAAACUCUUCAAUCUAGUCAAAACACUGAGGAUUCGAUUGAAUCUCUCGACAGUUGUGGAACGAUGAGUAAUCAAGAGGACAUUCAAAUCGUUUAUGAGAAGUUGAAUGGAAGACGUGCAGAUCUUGUUAUUUCCGAUGACUCAGAUGACAAUAUGAAACCGAACAUAAAGAAAAAUCAAUGUGAUGACUUGCAUGAAGAGAAGAAAACGAAUGGAAACGGAAAAGAAAUGGAAAAAGAUGGAGUGACGAGAACUGGAAAAACGAGAAUGACAGAUGGAACAGAAGACAUCGGAGAAGAACAAUGCAUUCACUCGGCGGACAUGUGUCGAUUUAUUCAGCAAGAGAAAUCAACACGAGAAGUUUGCAUUGCUGGAUGUCUUACCGCUGGACAUAUCACAAAAGCAGAAGUCGAGGAAUUCCGCAGAAAAUGGUUGAAAGAUUUGAAAUACCAUCACAUUCCAUCGUCACCAUCGGUUCCGGAAUCUACGUCAGAUUCAACAAUGAAGAAUCCAGCAAACAAUGAGAAAAAGAAAAUUUAUUUAAAUCAGGCGUCGACACGAGAAAAAACUGCGGAACAUCAGUUAAAACUACCGGAUUCAGGUUCAAAAGGAGCCGCCACUUCUGAAACGAAGAAAACUGAAUCGAAAUCAGACCAUCCAACGUCUUCACUUUCCAAGACGGUCAAUCAUCCAUCAUCUGUUGCGAAUGACAAAAAAGAUGUACCAUCCGAUAAAUUGACAUAUUUGCAAACUUCGCUGUUGGCAAAGGAAGAUGCUGAAACCGAGUCGAAGUCGUCGGAUGCUGGGAAUGUUGUCGUGAAAGCUGGAUCUUCUUCAAAUAAGAACGACUCCAUUCCAUUCGCCGAGUUGAAGUGUCCAAAAGUGAAAUUGAGUAUGCCGGCCAGCCGUCGUGGACGUCCUCCCGGCUCGAAAAAUAGGCCAAAAAACCAAGACCCAGAAGUCACGUUCUUUCACGAGAUACCGACGCCGAAACUGACGAAAGCAGAUAGAGUGGAGAGACAGUACCAAAAGAUGCGUCAAAUGAGAGCAGAUGAGGAGGAGAGAAAGAAGAAUUCUGAAGAGGAGAAGCAGCUGAAGGAGAAAGGAACACAGCAAAAUCUGUGUAUUUACAAUCAUCGCAAAACAAGACGUACGAGUCCGACGAUUCUUUACAACGACAUAAUGAGUUUUGCUAGCGGACCAACAAUUCCAACAAUCUCCGUCGGCGAUCCAACCGAGAUGCCAGGACUCUGUGAAGGACGACAAAUCAUUCCAUUUCGAGCGAACACCGCGAUCGAUUCGCGAAGGUUCGUCCGCAUCGAGAAAAUCAAAUGGACGUGUCUUUUCGGGGUGAAAAAUCUGUGGCAGGCGGUGCCAUUUGUCUUCGUUGAAGUCGAGGACAUCGAUUUGUUGUUGUUGAUUUUGAUUUCCACAAAGUAUGAGGUCGACGAGUCAAAUGGAAUCAAGAGAGUGCCGCUUGGAGAUUAUCGAAAAGAAAUUUACAGCAAGCAACUCCUGUCAGAUGCAAUGAAGUGUAACGAAACACGGAGAAAACUUGCAACGUACCUCACUCCGCAGCAGCUCAAAACCUGCUACUACGUAGCCGAACCGCUCAUCCAUCCUCAACGAGUCGAUACUUCGCGUCAAUAG